AUGAAUCAAGGAACCAACUGGUAUCGUCACAUGGGAAACAAUCACAAAAAGAAAAAGGAAAACAUCACAGGCCGUAAGGGCGGCGGCGGUGGCGGCGGUGGGAAUGAUAUUGCCGGACUUAUCGUGGCGGUUGUUGGUUUUAUAGCUGUUGUCACUUUUUCAAUCACCAAACAUAGAACAAAACCCAAACCCAAACCACAAAAUUCAUUGGACCAAAAAUGUAAUAAGAACAUAGAAGAUCACGAAAUUGAAACUAAUGAAGGUCUUCAUGCACUUCUUCAACCUUCAACAAUCAUAACAAAAGAUGAAGAUGUUGCACCAUGUCAAGUGAUGAUAACCGAUGCGAAAAGCAUUAACCACACUUUUAUUGAGGAGGAGAAAAUUGAAAGUGUUUCUGAGAUCGAAACCAUCAGUGAAGUGGUAUCCGAAACCUCAUUUCAUCAUGAUGAAAUUGUGUUAUCUGAUGAUUUCAACUCGGAGAGUGUUGUCUCUGAAGCGGAAAAGAUGGAUGAUGAUGAUGAUGAAGCUGUUGUUUCCGAGAUUGUUGAAGAAAUCGAUUGUUCGUCGAACACAAUACUACAUACUGCCGAAAAGCAAGAUUUUGAUUCUAAGGAUGAGGGAGGGGAUAUUGGUAUGCAGAAUGAAGAACAUGUAGCAGAGAAAACAGACACUGAAGUUGCUGAUGAAGAUGAUGUGAAUGUCGAAGCUGAAAUAACUUGUGAAGAUGAUAUGAAUGAUCAAGAUCAUGAACCAAUAUUGGUAUCAAACUCAAAUCAAUUUUCAACUUUGCUUUUGCUGUUGCCAGGGUUGCUCUUGCUUCUAGUUCUACUUUUGCUUAUGCAUUUUACUAAAAAUAUAUUUUCUGCAAUAGGGCUAUAA